ACACAAACGCAGACGCCGACCGGCUCACUCCCAACGACAAUCAGUGGCGAAACCUAGACUAGAAUCACAGACAGGCUCUUGAGCCCCUGACGAAACCCAAAGACCGUCCCCAAAUUCCCCCACCCAAUCGUGAACCUGCGACUCCUCGUCUCGCACUCCCGUCCUCCCCUCGUGCGCGACGCCGAGCCGAGGUGCGGAAUGCGGCGCCCGCGCGACGCCAGCGACGGCGACGAGGAUCACGGCGACCCCUCGGGCGCCGCCUUCGACGGGGGCGGCGAGGAGGAGGAGGAGGAGCGGCGCCAGGCGCCGCCGCCGCCGCCCGGGAACGACCGCCCCGGGGACGCGCUGUGGCGGUGGAGGAGCCAGAGCCUCUCCGAGUUGGUGCUCUCGUGGUCCGUGGACCAAAUCCUCGACAGGGACCUGCUCCGCGACAAGGUGUCGAAGAUACCAGAGACAUUUAGCAGCAUGGAGCAGUACAUGACAUCGUUCUUUGGGCCACUUUUAGAAGAGGUCAGGGAUGAUAUGUGUUCGAGCAUGGAGGACAUCUCCAAUGCUCCAUAUGCAGAUCUGCUCUCUGUUAAUUCAAUGAGGAAAGGGAAGGGAUCAUUCGAGAUCAGCCUCGGCAGAUGGAGGGGAACGUCUCAUGGCUGUGGGAUCGAUAACUAUAAGCCAAAAGCUGCAGAUGUGCUACUGAUUUCAGAAACAAGACCAGCAAAUCAAUAUGAUAUUCUCAGACAGUCCAAAUCAUGUGUCAUUGUAUGGGUCAGUAAGGUUAAGGGCAAUAAGAUGACAGUUAAGGCAUCACAGUUGAUGGAGACUGGGGCACAAGGAGGUGAACGGCGACAAAUGGGCAUUAAUAAGUACGAUAAGUCGUAUUCUGAAGGUUUGGAUGAGUCUUGGGAUAUGCUAGAUCAAGAAGCAACAUGUUCAAAAUCUAGAAACUCAUAUGCGCACAACAAUGUCUGGAAAGAACGAGCCAAAGCUGAAAAGUGGAGUGGUCGGCAUAGACAAAAUGAGACAGAGACUCACGAUUCAUCAAGGCGAUGGUCCUUCUAUGCCAUGUUCCUAACUAAUAUGAUAACAUAUGACCGUGUUUGGGUUGUUCUUCGAAGGGGUUUGACAAUGGAUUCAAAAAUCAUCCAUAGCAUGUUGGGCAGAAACAAUUACGCUCCUGGACAUUGUAAAUACUGCAGCAAUUCACUUGAUGAAAUCAAGGCUGAUCUCUGCAAAUUUAAGCUGAAUGACUCACAACUUGAUGCAGUAGCAAGUUGUAUUUUGUCAAGUGAAUGCAGUCACAGGUCUUCUGCGGGGCUAGUUUGGGGCCCACCAGGCACAGGUAAAACUACAACAGUUGCAGUGAUGCUACAAAUGCUUCUGAUGAAGGAACAGAGAACUCUUGCAUGCGCUCCAACUAACAUGGCAGUCCUGCAAGUAGCUUGUCGUCUUCUUGAACUGAUUGGGGACUUCUCUCCAAGACAACGUUAUCCAUUAGGUGACAUCAUUUUAUUUGGUAACAAGGACCGUCUGCAAAUUGGCGAGUUAUUAUCAGAAAUAUAUUUGGAUGAUCGUGUGCAGAAGCUGCUGACCUGCUUCGACCGAAAACAUGGGUGGAAGCAUUGUGUGGAUUCUGUCAUAACAUUACUAGUAAAUUGCAUUUCUCGGUACAGAAUGUCCGUGGAUAUACGACAAGGAAGAGGUGAAGCAUGCAACCUUACCUUCAAGAUGUAUUUUACAAGUAGAUUCAGUGCUUUAGCCAAGGAAUUGGCAGGAUGCAUUGAUACAUUCUAUGACCAUCUACCAAGGGGUUCCCUGGGCAAGAACUUCGAUAGAAUGAUGUUUGCCAAAAGCUUGGUGGAUAAAUUGCAGCAGUUGCUGAGUGCAGAUGAUGUCUCUGAUGAGCAUCUUUUUACAAUCUUCAAGCCUGCUGAUGAACUUCCUGAUUCUUCUAGUAGUCAUGAUGACCUGUUAGAUGACACAGCUGAUGAUCUUCAAGAAUGUGAUAUCUCUACAUAUAGCCUUUUGGACAUAAAGGCUCUUUGCAUAAAAACUCUUACGUCUCUUUCGAAGAUGCGGCUUCCUUGUGAAGACAAUGAGCUUUCGAUCCGGGACUUAUGUUUGAAACAUGCGAAGCUUAUAUUUUGCACUGCUUCUAGUUCAUUUGAGUUAUUCAGACUGCAAAGUGUGAGGCCUAUAAGCAUCUUAGUUAUUGAUGAGGCAGCGCAGCUUAAAGAAUGUGAAUCACUUGUUCCUCUAUUGCUCCAAGGAAUAGAACAUGUUUUACUAAUUGGGGAUGAAAACCAGCUAUCAGCAUUGGUAAAGAGCAAGAUUGCUAAAGAUGCUGACUUUGGACGAAGCCUCUAUCAGAGACUCUGUGCAAUGGGUUACAGCAAGCACUUGUUGGAAGUACAAUAUAGAAUGCACCCUUGCAUCAGUAAAUUUCCAAAUGCCAGCUUUUAUGAUCAUCGGAUUUUAGAUGGUCCUGUUGUCAAGCAGGAAACCUAUGCCAAGAGUUAUCUCCCUGGUCCUAUUUAUGGUGCUUAUUCUUUCAUUCAUAUCGAAAAUGACAUGGAAAUGCUUGAUAGCCUUGGCCAGAGUUCCAAAAAUAUGGCUGAGGUCGCUGUAGCAGCCAAUAUAGUCGAAAGACUUGCGAAAGAAUGUUCUGAGAAAAGGCAGAGGACGAGUGUUGGUGUAAUAUCUCCUUAUACAGCCCAAGUAAUUGCAUUGCAAGAUAGACUUGGAAGAAAGUUUGAGAAACAUGACUUUCUAUCUGUUACAGUAAAAUCUAUUGAUGGAUUUCAAGGUGGUGAGGAGGACAUUAUAUUGAUUUCAACAGUUCGGUCCAAUAAAGAUGGCAAAGUAGGCUUUCUCUCUGAUGCUGGGAGAAUUAAUGUGGCUUUGACAAGAGCAAAGUACUGCCUUUGGAUCCUUGGAAAUGGAACCACUUUACUGGCAAGCAAUUCAAUAUGGGCUGAUUUAGUCCGUGAUUCUAAAAGACGUGGAUGCUUCUUUGAUGCUUUUCGGGAUAAGGACUUAGCAGAAGCAGUCAUGCAUGUAACUAAGCCUGAGCAAUGGAAACGAAGAGGACAGAGGAACGACCGCUCAAAUCUUGCAAAUGAAGCGCCAUCUUGGUCAUCAACUCGUGAUAUGGUGACUGUCAGGAACAACCCACAAAGAAGAUGGAAUGAGCUUCCAGUCAGAACUUCAAGUGAACAGCAUAGUUCUCUGGAAGGGUAUCGAGGAUGGACCAAGCAGCAUCUUGGGCCACAACCCCAUGGCAGGCUGUAUCAUGAACCCCUGCGCAGUAGUUCUCAAAUAGGUAAUGGAAGGCAUACUCCUAGAUCAGCCCAUAUGGAAGAAUCGCACGGCCAAAUUAGUGUUCUUGGUGCAUGGCAGCAUCCAGGAAGCUACUGCAACAGGGAGUUUCAGAAUAGGACUGUUUAUCCGGAGUCUCAGAACAUGGUAGCUUAUCCAUACCGGGACAGACCUUUCCAGCAAAGGUUGAACUCAUAUGGAGCUGCAGAUUCUGAAUUUGGCAGGACCAAUGGAGACAGGCAAUUCAGUAGUCUUCAACGACGAGCACCACAUGGUCAAAUUGGCAGUCGAGGCAGAGGAAGACCUUCCUGUCAUGAGAGGGGAGGCAGGGGAGGAUGGAGUGAACGGUAUGUUUACUGUCGAACAGAAGAGCCUCACUGUUGGGUACAGAAUGGCGCUUCUGAAACUGCACUGCGCAAACGGCUAGCUCUUGGGCAGCAAGGGACAAAGAGGGACUGGUGCGCAGCAGAAUCAUCAGAUUCGCCACAACAGGACAACACAAAAAUGAGACCUGAAAGUGCAGAUCGACUUCCUGGGCAGGAGUAUAAUGGGGGCUCUGAAGAGGUCGCCCACAAACUGCACGCUCUGAAGCAGGGAGGCGCGAAAACAGAUGGGUGCGAAGCUGAAGCGCCAAGGUUGCCCUCAAAAUCAACACCUGAAAGUGCAGAUCAACCUAAUGGUACCAUGUGGGACGGCAGUUCUGGUGCCUUUUCUCAUGAACUUCCUGUUUCUGAGCAGGGAGGGGUGGAAAUAGAUUUGUCUGAAGCAGAUACAUCAGAUAUACCAUGUCAGGCUUUAGAUGGCAGUUCUGAAGCAUCUCAUGAACUGCCUAUUCCUGAGCAGAGAGGGAUGGAAACAGACUUGUGUGAAGUAGGGCAAUCAGAUGCAGCAUAUCAGUUCCAGAAUGGCAGUUCCGGAGCAGCAGCUUCAUAUGGACCGAUUGUUCCUGAGGGAGGGGUGGAAAUAAACUUGCAUGCAGCAGAAGCAUCAGAUACGCCAUCUCAGGCACUGGGCGGCAGUUCUGAAGGAUCCCUCGAGCUGCCUGUUCCUGAGCAGCUAGGGAUGGAAACUGACUUGUGUGAAGUAGGACCAUCAGAUGCACCAUAUCAGGUUCAGGAUGGCAGUUCUGGAGCUGCUUCACAACUGCCUAUUCCUGAACAGAGAGGAACUGAAACUGACUUACGCGAAGCAGAAACUUCGCCAGAACACCAGGACAACAGAGAAAUAAACCUGAAACCGUAGAGUCAGAUAGCUAGACACUUUUGAAUCUUGACAUGUUACCUUUCUUUUUCUGCUCUGUAUAGGCUAUAAUCUUGUGAUCCUGCAUUCAGAAAACCUGUGUAUAAUAAGCAUGUAGUGUGUAGAUCUUAUUUCGGCUGAAACGUGCCUGAGCAGUAGCGUGUAGAAUUGCAGCAAUAAGAGAAAAUGUGAUUUUUUUGGACGGGAUAAAAAUCUAUCCCUGUACUAAAAUUUCAGUUACAAAUAUAUAAUUGCAUUUUUAGUAUUUUUUUAA